GAAAGAAAAGGGAUAUGACCACUCUACGCAAAUUGAGAGCAAGGUACAGAGAUCUGAAGAAAAGGAAGAAAAAGAGGUAGGAAGAGAAAGUUGAAAUUAGGGGAGAUUAAGUAUGAAAAUCAGGCAUGGGAGUUUAUAAGGAAAGAUUGGAAGAAAAAGGAUAGUAUAACUGAUGCAUUUAGAAUUGAGGAAUGGAAGUAGCAUUUCAUGGAAGAACUAGGGGAAAAGGAGUACAAAACGGAGGGUCUAGGAGAGGGAUAUGAGACAGGAACAAGUAUACGAGAAGAAGAACCAACGGAUGAGGAAAUUGACCUGCAGAUAUCAAAGCUAAAGAGAAGGAAGGCAAAAGGAGAAGACGGAAUAAAAAACGAAGCCUGGAUAUUUGGGAGGGGAAAAAUUAGGACUCGGUUGAGAGAGGUAAUUAGAGAGGUGAGGAGAGGUGAAUAUUCCGUAGAAGAUUGGAGGGAAGGGCUAAUAGCGCCGAUAUAUAAGAAAGGAGAAAAGGAAAAUAUCAAGAACUACAGUGGAGUAACUUUGACCUACAGGGCUUACAAACUAUACGCGUCGAUCCUAAACGAGAGGAUAAUGAAGUCAGUGGAGGAGAAAGGGGGGUAUGAAGAUAACCAAGCAGGAUUUAGGAAAAAGAGAGGAUGUUAUGGACAACGUUUACAUUUUGAGAAAGACGAUAGAAAAGACCGUAAAGGAAAAAGGGGGAAGAGCAUAUGUUCUGUUCCUAGACCUGAAAGGAGCAUUCGACAAUUUGGACAGAAGGAUUCUGUUAAAAGCGAUGGAAAGGAUAGGAAUAGAAAAUGGAUAGGAAUAGAAAUGGAAAUUAAGAAAAUUACUAUUCGAGAGUAUAGUGGCAAAUAUAGCGUUGUAUGGCGCAGAAAUUUGGGGAUGGACGGAAAGGAAGGAGCUGGAAAGCUUGCAGAAGCAGUAUGGUAGGUGGGUAAUGGGCCUUGGUAGAGCAGUGCCAGGUUAUACAGUGAGAGAGGAGCUGGAUUUUUAUUUGAUGAGAGUGAGGGCUGGGGCAAGAGCGUUUAAUUUUGAAGAAAAAGUUAGAACAGAAGCAGGAAGAGAACUGUUGAGGAGAUGCGUGAGAGAAAGUGGGAAGAGAGGCGAGGAAAGGAGAGCAGGGGAUGAAGAGAGGGAAAAAUACCUAAAUAGAUGCGGAUAGUCGACUGCAGGACUAGAACUGGAGUGAUAGGAGAAGAGAAGAAGAUGGAGGGAGCUCAGGGAAAAUGACAGAGAUGUUCAGAAGCAGGAGAGGAGGGCGAUGAUAAAAGGGUCAAAAUUUAAGAGAGUAUGAUAGGAUAGUGACGGAAGGGAUCCCAGUUUAUUAGGAGAAGGAAGAGAAGAUGAAAAUAAGGAAGCUGAUGGUAGAGAAAGCAGAAGGGUUAGGAUGGAUGUUGGAAUGGAGAAGAAAAGUAGAAAGUGCAAAAUUCUGAGAACGUAACAUUACUCUAUUGGCUGAAUUCGCGUGGCUAAGUUUUGAAUUGCCAAAAUUCAAGAUGCACUAAUUUCAAC